GAGAGGGAUGAAGAGAGAGAUAUAGAGGAGAGGGAGAGAGAGGGAGCGAGAAAGAGAGAGAGAGAGAGAGAGAGGGAGAGAGGGAGAAACAGGCAGUGUCUGCGUUUGCUAUUCGGUGACUGGAUGUUUUGCUAGGACCUGCCUCCAUGGGCGGCACACAGUGCCCGGUCUCUCUCUCUCUCUGUCUCUGUUUCUCUCUCUCCCUUCGGCUCUCUCUCUCUCUCUCUCCCUCCCUCUCCCCCUCCCUCCCUCCCUGUCGCCCCUCGCUCCCUCUGUCGCCCCUCGCUCCAGGGGAGAGAGAUCAGGCUGCAGACGAAGAUGUCAGAGACGGAGGCUGUCGUCUUGUCUGGGUGAAGGGAACGGGAUCCAUGUUGGCAUCGAGUGUCACAGCGGGCAGUGGGCACAGUCUCCCUGCACCGCCACCUACUGACCCCUGAUCCCUGGCCGUCGCCAGUGACCUGCGGCGCCGACCCCUGACCCGGAGUGCAGCCAUUGAGGAUCAGCGAGAGGCAACGAUGACGUGUAGUUUGGAGGUGUCGGACGGGGCCCACUGCGAGGCCUUGCUGCAGAGGCUGUACGAGCAGCGUCUGGAUGGGAACUACUGCGAUGUGACGGUCCUGGUGGGCGAUGCCAAGUUCCAGGCCCACCAGAACGUGCUGGCAGCCUCCAGUCCUUACUUCAAGGAGCUGCUGGCAGGCUGGGGGCCCUGCCCGGCCCCUCCGGCCCUGGAACUGCGGCAGCUGCGGCCCCGGGCCUUCGCCAAGGUGCUGGGCUUCAUGUACAGCUCCAGGCUUGUGUUGGAGGGGCCGGAGGAGGCCCUAGAGCUGGCUGAGGCCGGCAGCCGGCUAGGGAUUCCCUUCCUAGAGGACCUGGCCGCGGUAGGCCUCAAGCCUGACUACUGGGGGCCCGAGGGAGCGGCCCAGGCCCGACACCGGCCCCUCUCCCCCGCCAGGCCCUCCCUCCCCAUCGACCUGACGGUGGCGGGGACCCGAGGGGCGGGAGAGGGCGAGGAAGGGCAGCUAGGCCCGGAGCCUGGGGACGGGACGAGGGGAGAGGGAGAGGCGGACAGGAGGCUCUACACCAUCAGCACCGAUGCCUUCAGGGGCCUAGGCUUCAGCGUGGAGGAGGGAGGAGGUCUGGGGCAGCCCCAGGCUCAGGCUGCGGCCCACGAACAGGACCCGUUGCCAGAUACUGACACGGAGAGGGAGGAAGACGGGGCGGAGGAGAGGGGGGAGGAGAAGGAGGAGAGGGCCACCAGACCUCCCUCCCCCCUCGGCCUCAACCUCCACCUCAGCCUUCAGCGGGCUGGCCAGGCCCUGAGCUGUCCUCGAUGCCACAAGGCCUUCAUCCACCCCAAGAGGCUGCUGACGCACCAGUCUCUGUGCCGACGGAUCGUGGCGGUUGCCGGGCCUGAGGGAGCAGGCAAGGCCCCGGUUCAGGCCCGCAAGGUCCAGGCCUGCCGCCGGGCCCAGAUGGUGCCAGAAGCCGACGAGCACUUUGUGAAGGUGGUGGACGGGCAGCUGCUGUACAUGUGCGCCGUGUGUCGCCGGUCAUACAUGACGCUGUCCAGCCUGAAGCGCCACGCCAACGUCCACUCCUGGCGGCGCAGUUACCCGUGCCGCUACUGUGAGAAGGUGUUCGCCCUGGCAGAAUACCGCACCAAACACGAGGUGUGGCACACCGGGGAACGCCGCUACCAGUGCAUCUUCUGCUGGCAGGCCUUCGUCACUUACUACAACCUAAAGACCCACCAGCGUUCUGCUCACGGCCUCGACCCAGGCCUCACCGUCAGCCAGAAGACCCCCAACGGCGGCUACAAGCCCAAACUCAACGCCUUCAAGCUCUACAACCUCCUGCCCAUGCGCUCACACCGGCGAGCCUACAAGACCUACAGCCGGCCCGGCCUGGGCCUGGUUGCCGCGGCGACGGGGCCUUCCGAGGCCUUCCCGGCGAGGGAGGUGGAGGGGGAGGGGGUCCCGGGGCCCGGAGGAGGAGGAGGAGGGGGGAGGGUCUCCUGUUCGCCCCCUCCCCCUCCCCCGCCACCGGCCCCCCUCACCUCCCCCUCGCCCUCAUCCUCAUCCUCGGUCAUCGCCUUCGCCAGACCGGCCUGCUCUUCUGUCAUUGUCCACGGCAAGGCCCUGGCCCCCCCCCCUCAGCGCCCCCCUCCGUCAUCGCCUACAAUGGCCGCUGCCCACCGCGACCCCCGACCCCGGCGGCCCCAGGGGACCGGCGCAGGGAGGCCCGGCCUAGGAGGCCUCAGGCUCCUGAUCCUGCUCCGGCCCUCUCUCCCUCUCCUCUCCUCCCCCUCCUCCUCCCCCGACCUCCCCCCCCCCCCCCCUCCCCCUCCCCCUCCCAAGGCCAAGACCCUGACCUACGUGGCCAAGCCGGCCUGCGGUAGUAUCGGAGCCUCGGGUAGGCCCGGCCCCCUCUGCCGGAUCACCGUAAGGAUCGGGGAAGAAGCCAUCGUCAAGCGAAGGAUCUCCGAGUCCGACCUGAUGCGGGACCGUGCGGCCUCGGGCCUGGGGCCAGGCUCCGGCAAAAACCGCAGGCCCGACCUCUUCCCUCCCGCCCAGGUCACCAAGAAGGCGCGGGGAGGGGAGGAGGAGGGGGAGCGAGGGUGCCCGGGCAAGGCCGAAGCCUCCUCCUCUCCUGCCGCCGCCGACUCGGUCGACGAGUUGAGCGACCAGGAUGCCGACGACAACCUGUGGCGGCCCUACUACUCCUACAAGCCCAAGCGGCGGGCCGGAGCCUUCCACAGGGCCAAGCGGCCGGGCUGGAGGCGCAAACUAGGCCUCAGGCCUGCGGCCCGCUGGCUGCCGCCCCCGGCCCUGUCGCCAGCACCGCGGGAGGGCGAGGGGCAGCUCCCAUGGGCCGAGGGAAGGCCUCAGGCCUCCUCGGAGUGCGGCGUGGAGCUCGCUCAGGCUCCCCCUCAGAACCAGGCCCGAGCGGGGAGGAAGGGCCUGUCCUGGCUCCACUGCCCGCUCUGCCCCAAACUCUGCAAGAGCCCCGCCGCUCUGGGGAGGCACCAGAGGCGACACACAGGCCGGGACAGGCCUGAGGCACAGGCUGGGCCCGAAACGGGCCUAGGCCAAGGGGGGAGCACUGGCCCUUCCCAACACCCGCCCAGGGGAGCAGAGACGGCCGAUCGGCCUCCCAGCCCGGCUCCCGAUCCCCCUCCCUGCCUCAUCUGUCCCCCUCCUCCUCUCCCCCAGGCCCACACUCUCCCCGCCCCAGAGCCUGACGGGGAGGCCGGACACGUCACCCACGGCGAUGGGGGACGACCUCUCACCCCUCCCUCCCCAGGGGGGGAGGAGGUCGGGGUUCGGGUCCCGGGCCUAGCGGGGCCUGAGGCCUGUGGGCCCGGGUUCCCCGUCUCCGUGGUGACGGCCGAGGCCGGGGCCUUUUACCCCAAGGGGGGCCCCGAUGAAGGGGGGUUCGGGCGGGAGCCGUACAGGCUGGUCUACGGGCACCCCCUCCUCUCCGCCCCCUACCCCUACCCCUUCCGGCCCGUCUCCCCCCUCCCCCUCGCGCUCAACAUGGUCGCCCAGGACAAGGGGCAGCCCCCUCCCCUCCUACACCGCAUGUUCAUGUACCCCGACCACCCCCGCCCCCUCCCCCUCCCCCCUCACCGCCCGCCCCCUCCCCCUCUGCCUCUGGGUGCCGGGGGGAGAGAGGAGGGGGGCCGAGAACUGCUGACCACUGACAGGGGAGGUGGGAUGUACUGAGGGCUUGAUCUCUAACCCCCACCCCCCCCAAAUAUUUAAACCCCCCCCCCCCGCGCACCUCCCCCUCACUCCUUGACCCGCGAUAGGGGGAGGGGGGGGGCAACAGAGGUCACCGGGGGCCAGAGCGAAGGGGUCAAGGGCCAUUGGCCAAGGUCAUAGUGCAUUGGCCUGGUUAAGGGUCGUGUGCCAAGGUUAUGGGUCAUUGGUCAAAGGUUAAGCUUCAUUGGCCAAAACUGUGGGUCAUUUGUCGAGGUUAAGGGUCGUCGACUAAGGUUAUGGGUCAUUGGUCAAGGUUAAAGAUGGUUUGACAAGGUUAAAGGCCAACGGCCAAGGUUAAAGGCCAUUGUCCGAGGUCAGCGUCGUGGGUCACAUUAGCCAAGGUUGUAGGUCGUAGGUCAAAAAUGCUGCUCAUUGGCCAAUGAUCAGUCGAGGCCAGAGGACUGACCCUAUCUCCCCCCCAACACCCCGCCCCCUGUCUAAAGGUGACCUCUGACCUCACCCACUAGAGAGGUCAUCUCCUCCUCCCCCACGUCCACCCCUGACCCCUCACUCUGCACUUUGACCCGACUUCCUCGCCACCCCGUUCUCCAGAGGGGGAGG